AUGUCCGCAGUGCGUGUGUCACUGCUGGCCGUGGUGCUGCUGGCGGGAGCCUGCUGUGGUUACGGGCCGCCGAGAAGGACCUCGACUGGUGGAUCUUCAGGGUUCGGCGCCGGAGCUCCGUCGGGAAGCAAAGGGUCGGCGGCCGCGUUUGCCUCCGGGGGCGCAGGCAGCCAUGGCUCUUCCAGCGCUUUUGCAUCCAGCAGCGUAGGAGCCCAUGGAUCAACCAAUGCAUUUGCUGCUGGGGGUGCUGGAGGACCCGGCUCCGCUGCUGGCUUAGGCUCAACUGGCUCCUUUGGAGCUGGUGGCUCAUCCAGUGGCUUCGCUGGCUCUGGAACCUCUGGCUUCGGGACUGGUACCGCCGGCACUAGCUUUGGGGCUGGUACCACUGGCACUGCUGGUACAGGAUUUGCCCAUGGAGCUGGCUCUACAGGUGCUGGCUUCAGUUCUGGUUCUACCCAUGGAGUUGGUUCCACAGGCACUGGCUUUGGGGCUGGCACUGCCGGCACUGGGUUCGGUUCUGGUACCUCUGGAUCUACCCAUGGAGCUGGCUCCACAGGUGCUGGCUUCAGUUCCGGCACUUCCGGCACUGGCUUUGGUGCUGGCACCUCUGGAUCUACCCAUGGAGCUGGUUCUACGGGUGCUGGCUUCAGUUCUGGCACUUCCGGCACUGGCUUUGGGGCUGGCACCCUCUGGGUCUACCCAUGGAGCUGGCUCCACACAGGUGCUGGCUUCAGUUCUGGCACUGCCGGCACUGGCUUUGGGGCUGGCACCUCUGGAUCUACCCAUGGAGCUAGCUCCACAGGUGCUGGCUUCAGUUCCGGCACUGCCGGCACUGGCUUCGGUGCUGGCACCUCUGGAUCUACCCAUGGGCUGGCUCCACAGGUGCUGGCUUCAGUUCUGGCACUUCCGGCACUGGCUUCGGUGCUGGCACCUCUGGAUCUACCCAUGGAGCUGGCUCCACAGGUGCUGGCUUCAGUUCUGGCACUGCCGGCACUGGCUUUGGGGCUGGCACGUCAGGCACAGGCUUGGUUCUGGUUCAAGCCAUGGGGCUAGCGCAAUCGGCCCUGGCGCUGGAA